CCCAAACCGAGUAACAGCAAUGUCAAUUGGGAAAAAUGAAUUCCACAAUCUGUUCAAGCUUCAAACCCUACUCGAAUGUCCUCCACCUCCAACCAUCUGACCUCUCCUUCCCUUCCUCACAAUCGCCUCUCCUUCUCCAAACCCAUCUCAAGAUAUGCAGAAGAUGCUCAACGCCCAUUUCUCCGGAUUUCAGAGUUUCGGCCGUCGCAGUAGAUUCCCAAGAACAACUCCCGCCAGACAGUCCGCAGAGACUUCUCAAAGAGCUAGCGGAGCGGAGAAAAGUUACUCCCCGCAAGAAAAGGGCGCCGCCCAGACGGCUCAUACUCAAACCUCCUCUAGAUGAUGCGGAAUUAUCGGAGAGGUUUCUCAAUAGCCCUCAAUUAUCCCUAAAAUCUUUCCCUUUGUUGAGUUCUUGCCUUCCUUCUUCGAGGCUUAAUAAUUAUGAUAAAUUUUGGAUAGACGAGCAUUUGCCCGAGGCCAAACGGGCUCUCGGGUACCCCGUGGAGCCAUCGGUUGGCUUUCCGGAUGAUAACCCGGCCAAGCAGGUUGAUACACUGUUGUAUUUGGCUUUCCAACACCCGUUCUGUGAGAAGAACAAUGCGAGACACGUGAGGUUCGGGCACUCGAGGUUGGCAUUCUUGGGUGAAUAUGUGCUUGAAUUAGCUCUCUGCGAGUUCUUCUUGCAGAGGUAUCCGAGAGAGCCGCCCGGUCCAAUGAGGGAGAGAGUUUUUGCACUGAUUGGAAAGAGGUUUCUACCGAAGUGGAUUAAAGCUGCCAGUUUGCAAAAUUUCAUCUUCCCUUAUGAUGAUAUGGAUAAAUUGAAACGGCUAGAGCGUGAAGGUCCAGUCAAAUCUGUAUUCUGGGCUAUGUUUGGGGCAAUAUAUUUGUGUUUUGGCCUACCAGAAGUUUAUAGAGUUCUGUUUGAUAUAUUUGGAAUGGACCCUGAGGCUGAAGACUGCCAACCUAGACUCAGGAGACAACUCGAGGAUGUCGACUAUACCUCUCUUGAGUUCGAAGGUAACAAGCUAAGCUGGCAAGAUGUUGCUACAUACAAGCCUCCAGAAGAUGCUCUUUUUCACCAUCCCAGGCUAUUUAGGGCAUGCGUUCCACCAGGCAUGCAUCGGUUUCGUGGGAAUAUAUGGGAUUAUGAGGCUAGGCCUCAAGUCAUGCAAGCACUUGGUUAUCCAUUGCCAAAUGCAGAUAAAAUGCCCGAGAUCACCGAGGCCAGAAAUAUAGAACUUGGACUUGGUUUGCAGCUUUCUUUCUUGCAUUACUCAAAGUACAAGGCUGAACAUCCACGUUUUUGCUUUGAGCGACUGGAAUAUCUUGGACAAAAAAUCCAGGACCUUGUAAUGGCAGAGAGGUUGCUUAUGAAGCAUCUGGAUGCCCCUGGAAGAUGGUUGAUGGAGAAGCAUCGUCGUCUCUUGAUGAAUAAGUUCUGCGGGAAGUUUCUGCGGGAAAAAAAUCUGCAUCGUUUUAUCAUAUACAGUGAUGUAAUGCAAGAUAAGUUUGAGCACAACCGGAGGAUGAGAAAUCCAGCUACAACUUCUGUUCAACAAGCCAUUCAUGGUCUCUCAUAUGCCGUGUAUGGGAAACCAGAUGUAAGGCGCCUCAUGUUUGAGGUUUUUGAAUUUGAGAGAGUUCGACCCAAGGCCGUGCCACUGGGUGGAUAAGUUUUUGUUUUAAAACUAGAAACUUAGGUUCCAGAACCAAACCAGGGUCGGAUAAGGUUCUGGUUUCUGUGGAACUGCCUGAAUAUUCAGUGUAAGAUGACAUAUGAACUGGAACCAGUUUUUGGGAUUGGAACUGCUGGCUCUAAGAAUGGGAACAAAAACUGCGUAUAGAACGUUUUGGUAAUGUGUCUUGGUUUUCCAGACCAAGUCGUGUUUGGCCGAGUCGAGUCAUUGUUAUGUUGUAUACUUGUAUGUAUGUAUUUAUAGAUUGCAGCAGAACAAGAAAUUGUACAAAUUUCCCCUGAUUAUUAAUGCGCCUUAGUUGUAUAUGAUGACAUCCUAUAUCUCAUGGAUUUAGAGCUCAGUUUAUAAUAUGUAAAGCCAUUGGCCCAUAAUAUGUACUCCGUAGUAUUUUGUAAAUGG